GACAGUAAUCGCUUCGCGCGCAUCUCUAGACCGGCAUAAACAAGCAGAAACUAAAAACAUUAUUUAUUUAUCAUCAUGUCGAAUUUCGUGAAUAUGGACAUUUUUUCGAACUACCAAAAGUACAUAGACAAUGAGCAGGAGCUGCGGGAGAACAUUCGCAUUGUAGUGCGCGAAAUCGAACAACUUGCCAAGGAAGCGCAAAUCAAACUACAGGUUAUCCACAGCGAUUUGAGUCAAAUUAGUGGCGCAUGUGGUUCUGCCCGCAAACAUUUCGAGGCCUGUGCCGAAAAGUACAAGAAAUUGGCCGAUUUGGUGCCACCUGGUCAGUACUACCGAUAUUCCGACCACUGGACGUACAUCACCCAACGCUUGAUAUUCAUCAUUGCUUUGGUUAUUUACUUGGAGGCGGGAUUUUUGGUUACGCGCGAAACUGUCGCCGAAGUGCUUGGUUUAAAAACUAACCACGCGGAUGGCUUCCACCUGGAUGUCGAGGACUAUUUGCUGGGCAUAUUGCAGCUGGCUUCUGAGCUCUCUCGGUUCGCGACCAAUUCGGUGACCAUGGGUGACUACGAGCGCCCUCUUAACAUUUCCCACUUUAUUGGGGACCUGAACACGGGCUUUCGCCUGUUGAAUCUGAAGAACGACGGCCUGCGCAAGCGUUUCGAUGCCUUGAAGUACGACGUCAAAAAGAUCGAGGAAGUUGUAUACGAUGUGAGCAUUCGCGGUCUGUCUAGUAAGGAGAAGGAGACACAGGAUGAACCGGCAGUGCCGGCAUCUGAAUAGUAACGUUUUGUACGUAGAAUAAG